AUGGUUUGGGGUCGCAAGCCAGAAGCCUCGACGCCCGCAGAGACAGAAGCAGACAACUCCCCGCUCCCGCCGCGGCAAAGCCUGCCCCAGAAACUCCAACAGAUCGUCGACCGUGAAGACGAUUUCUACGAUGACCUCUAUUCUCCCUACUCCGUCGACUCAACAGACACCCCAUACCGCUACGCCGCCUACGCAAACCGAAUCCGAACAAUCCUCCUCUCAGCCCACCGCUACGUAGCCUACACAUCCGACAUAGGCGAAUCCUUCCGCCCAGUCGCCCACCCAAUCCUCGUCCGCUCCGCCUACGCCGUCUCCUGGGCCUACCUCCUCGGCGACGUCAGCCAUGAAGGCUACAAAGCCUACCUGCGCAACCGGCGCGCACUAACGGCCCCAGGCCAAGAAUACCGCGACGCGAGCGUCAGCGUCAGCCAGGAGAUCCGUGGCAUGGCCACGGGCAAUCUAGUCAAGCCGCUCGACGAGGGCGCCGCGGGACAGGAGUCUGAACUCACGCCCUGGAACACGAAUACGAUUUCCCUGGCGGAGGAUUAUCGCAUGGUUAUGGCUAAGCGGGCUGUGUUUCAGAGUCUGGCUAGUAUGGGGUUGCCGGCUUUUACGAUCCAUUCUGUUGUGAAGUAUUCUGGGAAAAUGGUGCGCGGGUCUAAGGUUGCGUUUGUGAGGACUUGGGUUCCUAUUGGGCUCGGUCUCUCUGUUGUUCCCUUCCUACCGUACAUAUUCGAUCACCCUGUUGAAGAAGCUGUGGACUGGGCAUUCGGUACUGCGCUACGUGUUUAUGGCGGCGAGGAUGCGGUUCGUCCUUUGCCUGCGCAUGCGUUGAAGGGUCGGGAGGGUGGUCACUCUGCUGCAUCUGGUGAGGGCCAAGGUGUGACCGGUGCCGCGGCGCAGCUUUCUUGGGAGGAGUAUAAGAGUGAUAGGCAGGCGGCUAGGGAAGAGAGGAAGGAGAGUGGUGGCGGUUGGAUGGGAUUGAGUUCUUAUUUCGGCGGUGGUGGGAAGGAGAAGAAGGAAUGA